GCUGAGUUAUGAUGGAAGAGCAAGCAAAGGAAGAGUUGAAGAUGCUUGAAGCCCAAUAUCCAAAUCAAUAUGAGUAUUUAAAGCAUGAGCUCAGGUCCUUCAUUUUUCAACUUCAGUCCAAGCAUCAAGAUUCUCAGCUCCUUCCAGAAAACAAUCACUGCAGCACUCUCAUUUUUCAUGAUACAGAAGAAUCCACCACCUUGGAGCAAAGGAAGAGAAGUAACUAUGGUUUGGAAAUGGCUUUAGCAGAGAGAGUAGUAAUGGGAGGGGGGAAGAUUGAUGAAAGCUCUGAGCUUGAAUCUUCAAAGACUGUUGUAACGAAGCAUUGCUCAAGCAGGAAGAACAAGAGGAAAGAUAGGGUUGAUUUGGUUCUUGAGAGGGCACAAACUUGUCUGAAAAAAAUACAACAUUUGAAGACAUUCUUAUUAUCUCCCUCCUGAAAAUUUGGAUGUAAAUGUCAUAUAUCUGUUACUGCAUCCUAAUAUGAUGCAUUUUGGUACUUGUAAUAUGUGGUUGAUGGCAUAGCAGUUUUGAUUUUUCAAAC